AUGGGCCUCGGAUUCUUAAUCUUAUUCUGCAUCAUGGCUGUGCCCCUCAUACUCUCCGUGCGGAGGGGCGCGGAUAGAAGAACAAGGCUCCUGAUCCUUGCCAGCACACUGGGCAUGCUCCUGCUUCUUGUGGGCCUGUCGAUCUUGUCCGCAGUAUAUCUGAUCCUUGGGCCCAUCUUCUUGGCUGCCAUCAUGGUUUGGGACUUCCACACAUUGCAAGUGAAGCAGCCCAUGAAGGCAACGUGCCUCGUGUUGUGCAUCUGUGUGUGGUGCUGUUGCACCCUGUCCUUCCCUUGGAUCAUGACUUGGAUUCGCGACCUCCUCGGUUUGCCAGUGCGUGGGGUUCUCUUCGCCUUCUUUCUGUCGCAGCUACUCCUCACGGCAGUUCUGCUUCUGCUGGCAUACAUGAGCCCUUCGGCCAGCUUCUUUGCAACUCCGAGGAUUGAGGACUUGCGCUGGAGAGUCUUCUCCAGGUUCUCUCUUCGACUUGCGGGGCUUGCGAUUGACUGGCAUGCUUACUCGAGUCUGGUGUUGAAGUUGCCUGGCGUGCGCUUUGUUCCGUCCUCCAUGCAGGAUAACUUCAACAGAUUCCUCUUGACACCGUGGCAGAUGUUCCAGGAGUUGCGCGAGAGCCAAGAAACGAAUUUGGUGGGGUUGCUGGUGAUCAUUGCAAUUCUGUUGCUCGGAGUGCCUGCUCUCUUGAUGAUGUCAACGUUCAGUCGCGGCGUCUUCCAGGGUGCACACAAGAUGUAUGGUGCAUAUUUCCUGGUUCCUCUUGUCGACAGUCUACCCUUGCCUGGCGAUGCUGUUGAUGUGAUGGAAGAUCUGUGCGGAAUGCUGUUCCUGCCCUGCCUAACUUGCUUCCUGAACAUCAUCGUCUGCACUGACACAGCUGACACAGUGUGUGGCGUCGGCUUGUCCCGCGAGCUCAGCAUGUACCUGGCCAGUGCCCUGCUUGCCUCCUAUCUGCCCUUCGUCUACGCCGGGGGCGUGUGGAUCCGGUUAACAGGCCGACUGCAAGGCAUUAGCACUGGAACCGGCUCCAGGUUGAUGAAGGCCGCGGGGCAUUUGAUUCUCGAGAGGCCCCUGAAGGUCAUCGCCGUCGGGAUCAUGAUCGUCUGGCCUCAGGAUUUCGGGAUGCCGGAGGUCAGGCUUGGCAUUGUACUCGUCGCCACCAUCGGCUUGGCUUUGAUCAGCCGGUACAUCGGCGCCAGCAACCAUCAGGGUUUCAACCACAUGCAUGAGUAUGUCUGCUGGUCCAUGUGCCUGAACACUGCCACUGGCUUCGUCGUCACAUGCUUGAUGAGCACGGGCCUUGUGAACGAGUCUUGGUGGCCGGGUGUGGUUUGGCUCAUCCUACAGGUUCUUCUUUGGCAGUGCUUCUUUGGUGCCUUUGCGGACCAGGGAGCGACGGCCGGUGUCUUUGUCCACAAGAAGAAUCAAGUUCGCAUCCGGCGAUGUGUCCGCUCCUGUGUCUUCGUCGUCUUCCUUCAGCUCCUGUUGCUGGCCACAUUUACGCGCAUUCUGGCCUUCAACCUCGGGGUCUACCACGAUGAGACCUUCAGUUUCACGUCGAGCCUCAGCAUAUACAUGGAAGACUGCUCGCUCAUUGCCGUGCCUUGCGAGAAGGCGCGUGUGGAAGCCCCCAGCCUGGGUGGAGAGUGCAAUGCGUCACAGUCGGGAGGGAUCGUCCGGUUGUGGACCGGCUUGCAGCAGCCUUUCCCAUCAAAGCUCGCGAACUUCUCUGAUGCUUAUCCGUUGACGACUUCGCUGGGCAACUACACCCAUCCAGUGCAGUCCCUGACAAGUCCCUCGUACAGAGCGUGCGAGAUCCUUGUGUGGGUUCAGCCGCAGGACACCCUCGCGGUGCAAAGCCAAGGUGCCGGCAUGAUCGAAGUCAGCGCCUCCCUUGCCGCCCUCAAAAUCUCUCACUUCAGCUCUACCCCAUUCCGUGAGGCGAAUCGUUCUGCGUGCCCUGGCUUGCAUGCCGCUGUCACGUUGAACGGAACCCAGAAAUUGGAAGUCUCAUCAGAGUGCCCCAGCAACCUCUGGGCAGUGCUCAACCAAGACACCAGCCCGCUCGACGUGAGGAUCGACAUGACCCACGCCGAGCGCAGCAAUGUAGACCUCAGGUUUGCGGGUGCAAAGUCUGAAGACAUUCUGAGUUGCAUGGGGAACUCCACUUGUGUUGACACAGGCCUAGACCCAAGACCCGUGAACAUCACGUGCAGCGAGAGCAGCGAGAUCCACGAGAACCUCGACUUUGUCCUGGAAGCAACGCUGAAGAAUGCGCACUUCAUUGUCAGGGAGGCUCUGACCGAGGCUGAGCUGAUGGUCCCUGGUGUACUGCAGAACAGCACACUCCAGCAAGUGCGGAGGAAAGUCAACAAUACCUUCACAGUCUUCAAGCGUGGGCCGCAAGAGCAAACAGCAUUUCUGCAACCAAGCGCCUCCCCAUCUUUCGUGCACCUGCCUUGGCCUACCCUCAAAGGACUCAAGCCCUGGUGGAUUGUGGCCAUGUCGGGUGGGCUCUUUCCCAGUCGGCCCGAUUUCGUUGAGUUGCAGUAUGAGGGCUGUGCCGAGCCACAGAGACCAGUGGAUCUUCUGGCAAGCUUGCUUCCAAACGUGGCAUUGAUCCCAUCUGUGGGCAACAACGACUCGUACGACACGACGUGGGAAUUCCUCACAGAAUCUGGAGAUUACCAGCCGACUCCGUUAAGCGACAAUGUCUGGGCAAUUCUCGCCGUCACUUUGUGCUGCCUGGUCGCUUUUUUUGUGGGUGCUGCCGGUGCCUUCGGCGCACUCGUUGGCUUGCAGUACUUGGGCAAGAGUAUGGCGCCAAGUGCACCUCACCAGCGCAUACGGUCGGUGCGCCAGGCCCUGUCCUUGCUCCAAGACCUUCCAUGCUUCUGGAGCUGCCUCACGUCAACUGCGGCCCUGGGCGUGGCGGGCGCGGACAGCGUCCUGACCGAGCUGCUCUCCAUGCCACAGGUUCUCCUGCGAUCGAGGCAAGAAGCAGAGGACCUGGUCUUCAUACUGAGCAUCGGGGACCUGUCGGAUGCGGCGAGCAGGCGGAAUCUCCCGACAAGCUCCGUGCAUGACAGCUUGUGGUUCGAGUUUCGUGAGCUGAUGGGUCGCCAGCCCGGACCUCAGCCUGGUCAGCCAAGUCUCUCGAAAUCAAUUAAGUCAAUGAGCAUCGUACCUAGCAAAAGCGUGGCUCAGAUAUCGUCUCAGCAUGUGGCAGUCACGAAAGCCGUUGGCAGACUCAAACGACGUGCUUCUGGAGGGCUGAAUUUUCUUAGCAAAGCGCGAGACAGUCUUCGGGUGUCCGAGCAUGUGGAAGCACUCGCUCCGAAUGAAAGACGGUCGUCAAGUGUGUCAGAGACCCAAGAGACCCAAGAGACCGAAGAGACAGAAGAGACCUGCAUCACCAUUGGCUCGGAAGAAGAUGUCGUUGUGAAGGCAUUGAAGCAGGAGCCGCAUGACCUAUCAGUGCAACAGGCCGUGGUUGACGUAGCGGCGUCUCUCAAGGAUGUUUCAGGUAAAACUCGCUGCACUGCUGCGAGAAGGCUGGAGGGCCUUGUCCAGUAUGCGCAUGACGACGACUCGAGCCUGUCUCCCGAGCAGAAGGGCGAGGUGGUCAAGCUCCUGGCGGGUACUGACCAAAGCAUGCCGUGCCAUCUUGAAGCCAGCGAGGUGGAGAUUCAGCCCCGUUGGCUGAGGACUGCUUUGUUGGAUGUUCAGCCUGAGCUGUUCAUCGCUGUCAGCGACCAUAAAGUAGACGUUGCAGCGGCUGCUGCCCUCGCCCUGCACGCCGGGCACAUGGCGAAUCUCGGUUUUGACCCGCUGAAAGUUGCCGCUGCCCUGUCGCGGGCCGCCGUGCGUGAAGUGACUCGAAUGAGUCGUGCUGGUGGUGAGAGCAGUGAGCACAAUGAGCACAAUGAGCACAAUGAGCACAAUGAGAUGAGUCGCCUCAUCACUGCUAUGGCCAUUAUGGGUGACCUGCAGGGUUGCAAGAACAGCUUUGCCCACACAAUUCCCGCCUUGGUGCGGGUGGCCAUUCUUGCCGCCAGAAGGGGCCGAAAAGCCUAUUGGGAGCUUGCUGUCAGCACCUUGAUGAACUUCUGUCAGUCGGACUCCAACAACGAAGUCGACAAGCAAAACAUGGCCAGGGCCAGGCAUGCAUUCGGCCACGCUGCAUCCCUUAGCAUCGCCGCCAAGCAGCUGCCUGGCUUGUCUGGCACGUCGGAAGGAGCCUGGAGAUGUGCAUUUUGGAAGCAAAAGAAGGUCUACCGGCAAGAGCUGACCCACAGUGAGGCGAGCCGCCUGAUGGAAGCGAUCUCCCGCUACCAGCAAGGCACCCGACCGCAGGAGACCGAGUUGUUCGACAUGACUGGCCAGGAGUCCAAGGACGCGUUCCGCGCCUUUGGUAUCAAAGUCGUGGACCCAAGCGACGUCUCUCAAGAGAGCCAGGUUCUCAAGAGGGAGGGUGUGGCACUGGUCUUGGAGUCGCCUUCCCACAAGCCGCGGCACCUCAACCUCUUCGCCAUUGAAGUGCUUGCGCAAAGAGCUGCAACCCUGCAGCAACUUGCAUCAAAAGGCUUGAACAAGAAGGGGAGCCUUAGCAUCCCGCAUGUGAUCCCAGUAUUGCGGCCAGGGUGGCUCACGGUUGACGUCGUGGCACCCAUAGUCCAUGCCUUCAUUUGCCUGAUCUUCUCCUUUUGGCCUGGUUUCAUCUGUCUUGGAACGGCCCUGGCAGCAGAGCCGUACGGGCAUUGGGCACCGCGGGAGAGGCUCUCAAGCAUCUAUGUCUCUGAGAGGCUGAACGACUUGCCAUGGCAGCUUCUGAUCAUGGAGCCACCCUUCCAGUACCUCACUCCGGCCUGCGUGGUGGUCUUUGUAAUGCUUUGCUUUAGCAGCCUGAGGGCCUAUUGGACCGCCUCCAUUCCAAGCACAUUCAUGCACCUUGCAGCCGACACGGUCACUCGCAAGGCCCUUCGCAAGUUCGGGCACAAACAUCUCCGAGACAGAGAUGUCGAUAGGGAGCCUGGUAGGCCUGAAAGGAGUGAAAUCACCUCGCGCCAAGAUGCGGAGAGCCCCAGCAAAGCUGAGGCAAGUCGUGAGCUCCAGCUCUCGAAGUCCCAAAAGUCCCAAGGCUGCUGGGCAGUCACCCUGUCCUGCCUCUACCAGUUGGGCUCCCGCGUGGAUGAUGCUGCUCACGAAGUCUGCCACGUCUUCCCGUGGUUGUACUGCUCUGUUCUGGCUGCCUGCGCAGCUGCCUAUGCAUCCUUGGUCCUCAUUUGGCUUGCAGUGGCCUUGUUGGUUGACAGCGCCCGCAUCGUGCCCUUGGUCACGUCUCUCGUGAGCUUUGCGGCCCUAGUGGUGCGGCGAGGAGCCGCCUGGUUCGGCUUUCAGCAGAAGGUGCGAGCUCAGCUGGAAGACGACCUGGCCGACAAGAUCUUGUUGCGCCUCGUGGGUGCGGGGGUGGCAUCGCUAACGUUGCCCCCUGAGGCAUCGAUGGCGAGCUUCGAUCGGCUGAAAUCCGGCAGUGGCAGCGACACCGACUUGUUCCAUGUCCUUGCCCGGCAGCAAACGGAGAGUCAGAAGGUCGUCAGUGUUCUGCGUGCUCGUCUGAUCUACAGGCUCAUGCUGUCGAAAACACGCGUUGAUGCGGUGUUGGAGAAACUUGGCGUGGAAUCCUCGCUGACUCUCGCAGAUUUCUUAAAGUUUCAGAAGGCAAUCCGAGCAGACGUCAUCCGGUGCAUGCUGAAAUACCUGGGCUUGGACACUGCCUCCGGUUGGCGAUUCUUGCGGCGAGUCUCUGUCUUGGCAUUCCUGCUUUUUGCCACCCUCUUGGUGGUGCUCUGGGCCUUCCCUCUGUCUUCAGAAAAUGACACCUUUGGGUUGAUCUUCUCUGGCCUGAUGCCCGCAGCCCUGGGAUUCAUUCUGAGUGGCACGCUGCCUUCCGCCACACCACAGAACCAGGACCUUGUGGAGCGCUUAGAGGAGUGGCUCACCGAGUGGCAGAUCCAGGCGGUAGAUUUCGUGAGCCAUUCGCAGAUGACGGUCAAGAAUGCAGUCAUCGCUGUCAUGGACCAUUGCCCUGACCACUGCUUCUUCCACAAAGUGAAAGCCUGGCUUCAGCAGCUGGACCUCUUCACGAUUGGGUGCAUGCUGGACGAGCUCGGGGACGAAAAGGCCUUCGUCGAGCUUACUCAGCACCCAGCUCUGCUCCUCUCGAAGGUCUCUAAAUGGGAAGCGCAGGACCUGGUCCCGGCUUCCGUCUUGGACAACUUGUGGUGUGCCCUGGUGGACCAGGGCCUGGAGCUCCUGAACGUUGCGCUCAGGGCACCGUUGCCUCGCCAGGUGGAGGAGGAGUUGAGGAAGUUCCGCCACUCAGAGCACCUGGUCGUCGUCCUCAAAGAUGCAGCCAAGGCUAGCGGCACCUUCACCAUUUCAAACAUCCACCUCCAGCUGAUGCAGCUGAUCUGCCGGUUGCUCCAGGGCCUGAUUGACAGCCUGGCGAAGGAGGUGUUGCAAGACCUCUGGGAACGAUUGCUGGUUUCGGUCAGCUUCGUUGGCUCCAACUUUGGUGCGUCGCCAGAGCUGCUCUCCAGAUGCCGGAACCUCGACAUGAACUCUGCGAAGAAGUGCCUGAUGCAGGGCCUGGCACGCGUGGAUGAGGACCUGGCCCUCUCAGACGUAUCGGAAGCAGGUUGGAAGUCCUCCUUGGCAACGUGCUUCAACCUCUUGGCUCUGCAGGUCUUCAAGUGGACCUUAAGAUCCAUGGUCCAGGAGAUGGACGUCCACCCACAAGCUUCCGCAGCUCUGGACAACCUUCUUGACGUUCUGGAUCAGGUGGACAGCUUCUCGGAGCUUCUGGACAUCCUCCAGGAUCCCAAGAAGUGGCUACGCCUGGCGGCGGAGAGUGGGGAGAUGGGCAUCCGCCUGGUCAUCGUGGGCCAGAAGCAGACUUUGGAGCAGCUCAUCGGCAAAAGCCUCAAUGAAGAGCAGGUCACGCUACUCUGCCACAGCUGCGGGACCUUCUUCAUGCAGGGCAUCGCCACAGGUGGGCUGACCUGGUUGAAGCAGACGCUGACCAAUCCAGUUCCUUUAGCCCUCCACUUGCUGGACUUAGACUUGAACCAGCUCAUGGUCCUCGAGCCUGUCUGGGAUUAUGCCCAGAGACAGUGCCUCAAUGGCCUCAGUAGCUUGCCUUGGGACCUACCGGCGCAGCACCUGAAUGAGAUCAGGGAUGCCCUGGAAGAUCUCGGGUUCCGGGAGUUGCUGACGCGCGUGAAGGAAGUCCGGGACCUCCACCCGCCUCUGAAGAAGGCGCUCGAAGAGGAGCUGCCCAUCAAGGCUGCCUGGAGAGCUCUUGAAACUCUCAGCCUGCUCUUGGUGAAGGGCGUCUUGCUUGAAGCCUGUCCGAAGCUGAAGCCACUGGUGCAGCGCGUGACGCCAGCGAACAUCAAGAGGCUGUUCACAGAUGUGAGAAGCGGGAGCCUGAAGAUUGAGGACAUGGCCCAAGACUUCAUGGGGGUACUCGUCAGUGACUUCGGCGAAGAGAUUGUGAAGAGCCUCCCGGACCUCAAGAUCGGCAACGUACAGUUUAAGCGCGAGCAAGUGCAGUCCUUGGCAAAGGUCUUCCUCUCCCAUGGCAUCAAGGCUUGCGGCUCUCCGUCUGCGCCCGCCGAGGCCUUCAUGAAGGCCUUGCGGCAACCGCGGCAAUUCGUGGACAUGGCCCUCCGCCAGCUGGAGCUCCUGGAGGCGGAGAUCCCGAAAGCCGAGCUGAUGACUUUGCUUCAGACUCUCUGGGAUGUCGCCGUCUCAAGCAUCCUACCUGACGAAGGGAGUCCCUUCGUCGAGAAGUUGAAAGCCGUUCGAAUGGAGGAGUUUGAGAAGGUCGUUCACACUGUCCGGGAUUUAGACCCUAAGAUGGCUGGCAGCAUGGAGGAGUUGCUGUUCCAAAUCUUGAAGAGCGGCCUCGUCCAAUUCUGCGCUGAGGAACUUGAGGAGAUCUUAGGCGAAGCAUUCAAGAGUUUCCCCGAGAUGGCCUAUUUCCGGGACACCAUGGAAAGUACGAAGCCCAUCGUCAUGAGCCUAACGCUCUCUGAGCUGAAGCAGCUACUCACUCAGCCAACAGACACGCUCGGUGAGAUAAUGCAGCAGUUCGUCGAUUCAAACAUGGAGCUGUUCCUCAUCAAGGCUGUUUCAGAGAAGCUGAACGACGCCAUCCCGAAAGAAGUCCAGGACCUCUUUGCGCCUCAGAAGCUGAAGAUGAAGCACAUCCUUGCAAUUGCGAGGAUGCUGCGGUCACAGAAGAUACUUGAGUGGACAGGCACGUCGGAGAUACUGACGAGCGUUACCGAGCUGAUGGACCUUCUAAGGGAGCCCUGGUCCUUGCUGCUCAGGCUGCUCAAAUGCUCCAUCCCCAAGGAGCUGUCGGAGCUGUUCAAGCCGCUUGUGAAGCAUGGGCUCAAGAAGUUGCUGGAUUUGCUGAAAGAUCUCGAAAGUGCUGGGCCCGAGGUUCUGAAGGGCGUGCUUGCUACGUUUCUACAAGAAGUGCUGGUGCUCGAGCCGGUUGGCGACAAGGGCAAGAACAAGGACAGCUUGGACAAAGACCUCAUGGAGGAGUUGCAGGAGCAAGCCGUUGCCAAGGCUCAGGCGAAGUUGGAGGCGGUCACCAUCGAGCAGCUGCAGCAGAUCUUUCAGAAGACCCUCCGGCCAGUCAAGAAGAUGGAGGACCUCUUCGUGGUGAUCUUGAAGACGGUCCUCCUGCACAUGGAGGAGGAGCUGCGUGAGAGGAUGAAGCUGAAGGAAAGGUUCCCGAACUUGGACCUUGAGUCCAUCAUCAUGCCUCUCACCAGCAGCGAAAUCAUGAAGCUCUUCUACCAGCCAGACUGGGACACGGUGGUCGAGAGCCUCAAGGGUCUCAUGAGCAAGAACACGGAGCUGGUCCUCACAGUGGCCGUCACGAAGGCUAUGGAAGAGUCCAGUUUGGUCCUCCCCAAGGAGGUCCGCCCCUAUCUAGAUGCGAAGUGCAUCAUCGCCAGUGCCAGGGUGCUGAGGUCUCAGCAGUCCUUCACCCCGGAGGCCUUGAUGGAGAAGCUAACGGAGCUGGUUCAAGAUCCUUGGGCCAUGGUGCUGCAGCUUCUCAUCAACCUCACUGAGGAACAGGCCUCCUUGCUGGAGCCCGUGUGGAUGGCCACAGUGAAGUGGCUGACUUCGAUCCUGGAUGGCCAGAUGGGCAUCGUGGAAGCCUUGCAGAAGCUUGCUGAGAAGAACUUCUUCUGCCGCGUGCCCGCUCUCCUUAAAGAGCUCAAGCUGGCCGUGGUCACGGAUGCUGCGCCCCUUCUUGAGUCAUGGGAGGAGCUGGUGCUGCUGAUGCUGAAAGCCGCGCUCCUGAGCCUGGAGGACGUCUUCGAGGAGCGCCUCGGGCGCAAGGGCCGCGUCUGCGUCCACUGCAUGCUGCAGCAGGCCACCGCCGCCGACCUCCGGAAAGUCUGCGCCGACUUCUACCAAGAGCCUGAGGCGACCCUGGAGCUCUUCAAGAGCCAUCUUGACAUCGAUGCGGCCAUCAUGCUUGCAACUGCAACCUGGCCAGAGUUGGGGAAACUGGAGAAUGAGGGCUACGACGUGCCGGGCAUUGCGAAGCUGGUCGUCUCCUGCUCCCGCUCGUUCGACCUCUCAGCCUUGCCCGGACUGCUCUCCGGCCUGCUUGAAGGACUCCGAGGUGAUCUAGAAGGCCUCUCGGCACUGCUAUUGAGGCUGCUCAGGAAGGUGGAGGGUAGGGACCUGUCGCCGCUGGAAACUCUUUGGGCCAAAGCGCGUGACCAGCUGAUCGGAUGCUUCAAGGAUGCGAGCCCCUUCGAGACACAGGUCAUCCAGGUGCUCAAGGAGAACACGCUGAGAGACAUGCAGCUGCAGCUGAAGGAGGCCUCCAAGGAGUUUCAGAGCUUCGAGGCCGUGCUCCGGAAGGCCGUCCUCGGGAGCUUGCGCUCCGGCGUGAAGCCGAAGCUGCGGAGGAUCCUCACCGACCAGCCGGAGCUUGAGAAGUUCCUUGAGGACAAGCUCGAGACCCUGGCGAAGACCGAGAUCACGGACCUCUACAAGACCAUCCAAACAAUCCAGAGCUUGGAUUUCACGCGAAUCGACGACUUCCUGAAAAGCCCCUCAGAGUGGCUGCCGAGGCUUCUGAACAAUCUGGCCAUCGAGCAACUUAAGAGCUUUGUUGGAGACCUAAGAGCAGAAAUCGAGAGAUUUGACUUUACGAGUCUGAGCGGCCCCUUGGAGAUGCUCUUGGCCAAGACUUGGCCAAAGAUGCUACGGAGGCGCCCGGAAGAGCUGUCCAAGCGGUUCAUGGAGUCCUUGCAGCAGAAGCUGCAAGGAAACCCCUCCAUCGAAGACAUCAGCAAGCUCCAAGCUGCCGACUUGGCGGAAGCCCUGCAGAAAGCCCUGCAGAAAGCCGGGGAGUUGGAUGUUCUGGACGAGAAUCCUGCGAGCUGGUUGCCAAGGUACUUUUGGAAGUCGCUGGUCACCCAGCUUGUCCAGGAUAUCCGGAGCCUGGGUGAAGGAUUCCUCCAUUCCCAACUCCAGGAAGUGGGUGACGUCAUCCUCGGAUCUGCACCGCUGAACACGCUGAACACGCUCGUGACUGCCUGCAUGGAUUUGGAGGCGUCAAUCCCGCCGGUGGAAAUGCUGGAAGCGCCCGCAAAGUGGCUGACAGGCCUCGAAGACUUGGCGACCCAGCUGCUUCGGAGGGUCGCCACCAGGCUGUUGCAGGACAAGGUGAAGAUCGUGAGCGACGCUCUGGAGCUCGACAAGUUGGAACUCUUCACCAGCCGGUUGCCCGAGCCUGGGUCGGUCAUGGAGUCCUUGGCUCGGAUCCUCGGGGACCUCACAGGGCAGGACGGGGAAGGCUUGGGCCACUCGGCACAGUGGCUAUCCAGAGUUCUCGACCAGAUGAUUACGAGCGGGAGGACGUCGGCAGCGUUCAGGUCUUUACAGCCUUUGUGGAAAGGCGUGCUCCGGCAAGUGAUUACGGCUCUGAAAGUUUCUGGAGAUUCAGCAAUCCAAGACAUGGUGAAGUUCAUGGAGAAGUAUUUAGAGCAAUGCUCACUGGAAAGUUUCCUGCCGAUCUUCCAGCACAUGUAUUCGCUGUAUUCCACAGGCAAACUAGACGAAGACUCAAGCCCUACCAUAAGCUUGCCGCAGCUGCUCCUCAUGUGCACCCUCUUGUGCCUGGACAAGGAAGGAAUUCUGGAUGCAGUCCCCGGGAUGCACUGCCUCGGCAUCCGCCUGUCGCUCCAGCCGCUGCUGAACCGGAUCGUGACCCAUGCAAAGGUGCUGGCGAACCAGACGGAUACCCAGCAAAACAUGCUGGGCUCCUUGCUGCGGGGCCUGGAGCAACCUGGUGGCUUCGCCAGCACGCUGCGCGAGAUGCGGAAGAUGGUCCGGGAGUCGGCGAAGCAGCAGCUGGGGUCCCUCAGCAGACUCGAAGGUGACUACCUCGAUGUCCUUCUGAACACCGUCGACUUGAAGGAGCUCCUGGAUGAUGGAGGCAAGCUAGCAAAGCGAAUUGGACUGAAAACGUUUGUCCAGAUGCUGGUGCGGCUUCCUGCUCACCUGCAGGGCCUGGAGCCACUCUGGGCCGCCGCUCAGAACGCCCUGCACAACCAGGAGGCGUCCGAGCACAUGGCCAGCAUCUACUGGACAUCGCUUCGGCAACUGCAGCUGAGCGAAGUCGGCCCACUUCUUCAGUCAAUCAUCCAUGCACACACUUCACCGGAGCUGCUGACUCGUCAUGACAAUGGCUUCCCGCUGCUUUGUGGCAGCAUGCUGGUGAUGUGCGGUGAGCAGAUCCAGCGUGCGGCGCGCAAGCAGGGCUUCCUCUUCGAGGCCAAGAUCCUCGAGGCGCUCAUGACCUCUUCCAACUUGCAACAGAUUCAGACCUUCAUGAAGAUUGAGCCCAAGUGGCUCUUCCAGAAGCUCAGGGAAGUCGUGUCUACAAGCGUGGAGCAGCAGAGCACAAACUUCGCCAACUUCCGGGAAGCCGCCACAGGCGCAGCGAAAAGCGUGGAGCAAAAAAGGGUCAAUCUCGAGGAGCAGCUCAAGAAUCUCCACCUGGCCCAGGGGGAUCUUCUCGCCUUGCUGUUGCUGCAGGGCGGGCAGGAUAUCCUAAAUCGGCUCUUGGACCUCUUUCGGGCAGAGACCGUCGAGGAAGAGGAUCUCCAGCAAGUCGCGAAGGAUCUUCAGAAGGUUGCGGAGGACAUCCAGGAGCAGAAGACGAAGCUGGAGGAGCGCAAGAAGCAGCUGCGGGAGCUGCGGGAAGACUUGCAGCUGAAGGUGGAGGAGUGGCUGCUCAAGCCCGAGGCGAAGGUGACACUCUUGCUGUCGAUGCGCAAGAAGAUGUCUGCUUGGAAUGUUGCUUGGGAGGACAUGCAGGCGGUCAUCCAGGGCCUUGACGCGCUGGACGAAAAGGUGGAGGAGAUGGUGGCAACGGCUGACGACUCCUGGGUGAAGCUUCUGACCUACGAGCAGGGGGGUGCCGCCUCCCGAAGCUCCAAGUUGUUGGCCUUAGCGAAACGCCGCGCGGAGCUCAAGGACGCCUUGGAACUCAUGGAGCCCGGCCUCAACUGGGCUCGCUUCCGGGAUCGCCUGUCGCAGUCCGCGCUUUCACCUGCCGCCCUCCGCAAAGCGGAUGCCGCGAAGCUGCUUCAGCACUUUCGCCAGGUCCAGGCGCUUUGA